CGCAAUCGUCUUUAACUGCUGUGAAGCAGCCGUUACCUCGACAUCCUCUGACGUUCCCCAGUUGAAAGCGUAACAUGGGCAAAGUUCUGCAUCUCCCCGGGAUAUUCUUCCUGUUCUCCGCGUUCGUGCUUCUGUUGCUCGUGUCCAUAUCGCUUCCAUACCUCACGGUCUUCGACUUUGCGAGAGUGCACUUCAACGAGGGAGGGCCUAUCUCGAUAGGCUCGGACACGAAUGCAGUGUCCCAGCUGAGGUUCGGCAUAUGGGCCGGUUGCUGGUACGAGGCCUCGUCCGGCCACCGAGCGUGCAGCGCUGCGGGAUACGCAUACAACACGACAAUGUAUGCCGGCUCGACGCGCGCGGACUCUAUCACGAUCGGCGCGUCCUGGACGCGCGGGCUCGCAAUUCACCCCGUCGCCGCGGGCAUGUCACUCAUCGCCCUCCUGCUCUCGCUCUCUGCGCAUAUCACCGUGAGGCUGCUCGCAGCGCUCGCGGCGUUCCUCGCGAGCACCAUCACGCUCAUCGCAUUCGCGACAGACAUCGCGCUUUUCGCGUAUGUGAAAGAGAAAGCAAGCAAGCUUGACGGCACGACCACGACCACAGACACUGCGCCAGCGUUCUGGAUGACCUUCGCGGCGAUGCUGCUACUUUGGCUCGCGGGCGGCAUGAUGUGCAUUGGCAGGCGGCGGGACAGAAUGUCGGACGCGACGAACUAUCCAAUGGCCUCUAGCAAAGUCUCCAAGUCGUGGAGAGACCGAUUCACCAAGGCAUAGAAAAUCUGCAGAUCGCAUCACCACAGAUUUACGGAACUCUCACCCGUGUUCAUUGGCAUCCGAGCAACGAAGGACGCAUACCCAGGAUCUGACUUAUUUACAUCUACGUUGUCGUUAAUCAGUCACACUCGCUCAUCCCUAAUGCCCCAUCCGAUAUAAUGCUUAACCCGAUUGUUCUCAACGAAAUCCAAUAUUCAAGC